UGUAAAUAGUCCAGGCCCCUUCCUGUUCUUCUUUGCUACAAACCAGCUGCCUUUUCCUUCGCCAACAGGAGAGGGGUUGAGAUAUAGAUAUCUAUAUAUAAAAAUUGCUUUCAACUAUCUAUAUAUUUGCAUGCAGUCCUCAGGUGGCUCAAAAAGGGAGAAAAAGCUGUGCCUGGACAAGCAAGGAGAGCCAUCCAUUUGUGUUUGAUCUGAAUUUCACCAGGAAUUAAAAGCAACCAUUGAGGCGCCUUCCUCUCCCCAUAUUGUGGAAUGCUUCAUUUAGUAGUGAUGUAAAUACAAGACCCCACACCCAGUGCAUUGGGCAUAUUUUCUUCUAGUGCAGCCAAGAGCUGAGGGACCAUUGUUGUUAUUUGUUGUCAAGUUGACUUUGACUUACGGCGACUCUGUGACUGAGAGACCGCUCCGAGCCAUCAAGUCUUGCAAACUCAGGGCCGUGUCUUCCUUGUUUGAACCCAUUCACCUUGUAAUGUGGUAUUCCACUUCUGCUGCCUUCUACCUUACCAAGAAUUAUCACCUUUUCCAGCAAAUCAUGGACAGCCAAAGUAUGACAACCUCAGAUUAGUAGUCUCAGCUUCUAGGAAGAGCUCAGGCCUGUUUUGUUCCAGGACCCAUUUGUUUGUCCACUGCGUGCCACAUAAUGUCCGUGGAUCAGAAUGACGAGUCGGCUCUGGAUCUCCAGUUGCGCAGUGGGCUCAGUCGAGGGGGCCAUCCAGCAAUGAAAAUGGAAGACGUGGAGCCAGCAAUGGGGUACGAGGGUCCGAAGCCCGGCCACGAAACUGUCCAACGGGGGACUGACGGACCGGGUCUGGGGUGGAGUGGGAUCCAACACAUAAAACAAGAACCAGAGGACGGGAUGUCGCCAUCCCAGCACUGGGAAGCCCAAUGGCAGCAAUUUUUGGGGGGCGUUCAGUCCCCUCUGUCACCGUGGGGGGCCAGACUGCCCCCCGGGGUCCGAUCGUGGGGGGACACCAAGGUCCCCAUGCCUCAUUUUGAGGGAAUGGCCUCCACCAGCCAGCAGAUGCGGGAAAGGCAGUUUCUCCAGACUCCGCUGCCGAAUAUUGACCGAGAGGCUCAGCCUGAUCCGGAGCAGAGGAAGGUCAAGGAGGAGGUGGACAACGAGGAGGCCGUCGACACGGAGCCACCCUGUCGACGCUUCCGGCAGUUCCUCUACCGGGAGGCCGAGGGGCCCCGGGAGGCUUGUGGGCGCCUCUGGGAACUUUGCCACCGGUGGCUGAAGCCGGAGAGGCACUCGAAGGAAGAGAUCCUGGAGCUGGUGAUCCUGGAGCAGUUCCUGGCCGUCCUGCCCCAAGGCAUGGAGAGCUGGGUGCGGGAGUGCCAUCCCCACACCUGUGCCCAGGCCGUGGCUCUGGCAGAGGAUUUCCUGCUGAGGCACCCGGAGGAUGGCAGGCAAGAGCAGAAGGGUCCAGGGAUGUUCCAUGUGGUGACUGUGAAUUUUCCUGACACGGAGCCCGUCUCUUCGAAUAGUGCGCAAAGGCAACUUGGCAGACCGGUCAAGGAAGAAGUCACUGAGGAUGGCCACUCUGUGGUCAAUGGCCCAGUGACCGGACAUGAAGAGCUUAACAAAUGGAAGAAUUCCUUGGGAAUGGAGCCCCCCGGGUCGUCAUCCUUUGAUAGUAUGUAUGUGGUUGGAGGGCCGUUGAAUGCGAGAGAGUCCCACGAGAGCCAGAAGACAACAAAGCACCCACAAGAAAACGGCCCAGAAGGAAGCGAAGGAGACGCAACGGCGGGGAAGCAGUCGCUGUGCUCCAAUUGUGGGGAAUCUUUCAACCCGGCGCAGGCUCCCCUCGGCCCAGAGGAGCGCAACCCCUUCAAAUGCUCCGUGUGCGACAAGAGCUUUGGGCAGGUGGCCAAACUGAUUGCCCACGAGCGGCUCCACGCGGGCGACUGGCCCUACAAGUGCUCCUUCUGCGGGAAGAGCUUCAACCGGAGCUCGGAAGUCUCCCGGCACGAGCGGAUCCACACGGGGGAGAAGCCCUUCAAGUGCACCACCUGCGAGAAGUGCUUCAGCCAGCGGUCCAAGCUGGUCGUCCACGAGCGCUUCCACACGGGGGAGAAGCCCCACACCUGCUCCUACUGCGGGCGCUGCUUCCACCAGCGGUCGGACCUGGUGAAACACGAGCGCAUCCACACCGGGGAGAAGCCCUACAAGUGCUCCGAGUGCGGGGGCAGCUUCCACCGGAGCUCGGACCUGGUCAAGCACAAGUGGAUCCACACCGGGGAGCGGCCCUACAAGUGCUCCACCUGCGAGAAGAGCUUCCGCCAGCGGUCGGCCCUGCUCUACCACGAGCGGACCCACACGGGGGAGAAGCCCUACACCUGCACGGCCUGCGGGAAGGGCUUCAGCUGCAAGGCCCACCUUGUGCUCCACAAGAGAACCCACACCGGGGAGAAGCCCUACAAGUGCAACUUCUGCGGGAAGAGCUUCACCACCAGCUCCUAUUUCGUGAAGCAUCAGCGGAUGCACCUGGGCCAGGAACCAUUGCCGGUUCCCUGAAAAUGAGCAUCAGGACUGCGUGAACAAUGGCUGGGAAACUGAGCACCACGUUCUUCCAUAUUUUAUAUCGGGAGACAAAUCCCUGCACCUAGAAGACUAAUCUGUCAUACUUCCCUGAGAUGCUAGUUUUCUAAGUGCAUGGAGAUUUUGAUGGCGAAAGCAACAAUAAAGUUCUCAGUUUCCUACCUGUGGUUGGAAAUAGUAGAAGCCAACUUCUGAUGGUGAAGAAUGGAUUUUCAAAAACAUUUUGGAUUUGUCAAAAAGAGGGCGAAGCAUAUGGUUGUGCUGGGAAGAGAUGCCCUGCCAACUGCUCGCCCGAUUGAAAAGUAAAAAGCACAGACUUCACUGGGUUGCCCAAGUUUUAUAAAAAUGGAACGAGGAGAGAACGUGGAUCCAGAGAUCCCUUUCUCUGUCUCCUUUGAUAUGAGGACUCAGGGGACUUUAGAUCCGUGGUAGUGUGCCUGGUUUUAGGUUUGUCCCAGUCCCAGGCAUCUCCAGCUAAAAAGGAUCCGGUUGCAGGUGAUGGGGGGGAAAUCAAUUAGCAAUUGGUGGAACACUGGUUUGCCAAUGGAAAUUGUAGGACUUUGGUUGCCCCAGGGCUCUGGUUGCCAUCAGGUUGUUUCAGGCCAUCUGAACACUCAGUGUGAAAUAUACAAGGAAGGUGCUGUGUUGUGGGGUUUUUAUUGGGGGGGGGGGGAUAUGCAUGGGUCAUUUGAAUUGUUGUCUUUGUGGUCGGGAUGCUUUGCUUUUACGCCUGUAUAUAUUCUGCACAUUUCCACUGAUGGAAUCUAUGUAAUGUUCUGUCAACAACAACAUUCAGGUUGCUGCGUUGCUUAAGACGCAGCUAUGCAACUCUGGAAGCUUUGCCUCCUGCGACACUCCUCCGUCCCAUUGCGCCUCUCUCUAUCUCCCUCCCUCCGUGUGACUUUGCCAAAGACCUCUCUUUGCCUUACUCCAGCCAUUCCACAAUGGGCUCACAAAAGUAACUACUAGUCCUCAAGAAAGAGAAAAGUCGCCCCUACGAACCUGCCCGGCCGGGGAGGAUUGUGAACUGAAAUCAUUUUCAAGCAACUUCCCUGUCGAACUGCCUCACAGGAUUGUGAAAAUGUUUAUUUCAAAACCUGCCUUAUUUUGCAAGCUACUGAACUUUAUUAGGAUAUAAACACUGGGAGCUGCAGAUGACUAUAUUCGCUCCUAUCAUCUGAAAGACUUGUAUGAGCAAAAAAAAAAAAAAAAAAGCAUGGAUACCUCCCUAAGAUCCUCUGUGUUCUUUUCCAUUGGCCUUUUUUGUGUUCGUAAUUUUUGGACAACUUGUCAAUAUAAAGUAUGUAUCCUGUUGUUCCUCUUUCAUGAAUAUUCUUAUACACUGUGUUGUCGAAGGCUGUCAUGGCCAGAAUCACUGGGUUCCUGUGAGUUUUCCGGGCUGUAUGGCUAUGUUGCAGAAGCAUUCUCUCCUGACGUUUCACCCACAUCUAUGGUAGGCAUCUUCAGAGGUUGUGGGGUCUGCUGGAAACUUGGCAAGUGACGUAUAUAUAUAUAUGGAAUGUCCAGGGUGGGAGAAAGAACUCUUGGGCAUUAUUCCACAGAUAUAUAAGCCCCACUUGCCUAGUUUCAAACAGACCUCACAACCUCUGAGGAUGUCUGCCAUAGAUGUGGGUGAAACGUCAGGAGAGAAUGCUUCUAGAACAUGGUCAUACAGACCAGAAAACUCAUAGCAACUGUAAAGAACUCAGGCAGAGGGGAAUCUUUUUAUCCCUGUACCUUAUCAGGGCACAGACUACCUAAAAUAAGUCGCCAAACUUAUUUUAGAAUUGACUCAAAUUUCCUCAUUUGAGCCACAGGGAUAAAAAGAUUCCCCUCAACCUGAGUUCUUUACAGCAACCCAUUCUUAUACACUGUUAUGGCAGAUUGGAACACAAUCAACAUUGUGAUGGUUGGGUUUUUUUCUGGAAGACAAAAUUGUCAAGAAACUGAUCUUAUCUUUGCUUUGAUAUUAAUGCUUGUAUUCUGUUGCCUUCUUGACCUAAUUGUGUCCCAUUUGUCGAUACAGUUGGCCCUCCGCUUCUCUGUGGUUCACUUUUGCAGACUUGAUUGUUUGUGCAUUGGAGUAAUUAAUAUCAGCAUGACUUUUUGAUCAGCUUCCGCCAUAGGGUUGCAAUCGAGAAAUUCUCCGACAUAAUUUUAUGGUCAGCUGCCAACAGAAGGUGACAGCUUUCCAAACUGUAUGUUGCAACACAUUAGUGUGUUGGCUGCAGUGUAUAGGUGUGUAACAAGAAAAUGUAUUAUCAUCUUACAAAUCAUAUAUUUCAGGGAGAGAGGGCGGCUUAAAAAUAAACAUUAUUAUUAUUAUUAUUAUUAUUAUUAUUAUUAUUAUUAUUAUUAUUAUUAUUAUAUUUUAACGUCAAUGAAAUGUUUUCAUGAGAUAUGUUCUUUCCCCAUAUGCUUCAUCAUUACCAUUUGUGAGUGUCUGGAUUUUUUAUAUCUUUGAUUUAACCUCCGGAUGGCUAGUACAACGGAAUUACUGUGUUGCAAAAUUAUGCAUGUCUACAACAUGAAAUGUUUGGGAAGCUCUGUCUUAAAGGAGCUCGAGAUCCCUGGAUAGGUGUUCUCUCAGGUUGCAAAUAUUUCUGCUUUUCUCCCUUUUUUGUGUGUGUGGGUCCCGUGCUCCUCACCCCAACCAACGUGGAGGGCUUACUGUAUUGAUUUCCAUUUGAGAAAGAGAUGAUUGAUAGGGUAAGAAUUGAUCAUUUGGUUCUCCAAGCCUUAAAACUAAAACCACCUGUCCCAUUGUGGCAGGUCAGAUUCAAGACAGAACUUUGCAUCUAUUCGUACCUACCUUUGAUAUAAUCCUUUCCCCUCGGAAGUACUGUAAUGUAUGUUUCAUGAAGCCAUUCGACCUACGGAAAUGACUGGGAUGUUAAGCCACGUUAAGUUGGGACAUCACAGGCACUUACUUAGCGGAAGCUCCUUUAGAUUGAAAAAGAAAUUGUUUUAGAGCAGGCAUGGGCAAACUUUGGCCCUCCAGGUGUUUUGGACUCCAACUCCCACCAUCCCUAACAGCCUCAGGCCUUUUCCUUUUCCCCCUCAGCCGCUUAAGCGGCUGAGGGGGAAAAGGAAAAGGCCUGAGGCUGUUAGGGAUGGUGGGAGUUGGAGUCCAAAACACCUUAAGGGCCAAAGUUUGCUCAGGCCUGUUUUAGAAAACUACUCAUACCAUCCUUUGUUUCUUAAGAUGGCCAUUUGUCUGUGAGAUGCAUGCAUGCCAGGCGACCAGCCUGGGCUUUCCGAUUUGAAACUGGUAUUGACACUCCCAAGUUUCCGACUGGUGACAGCGCUCGCUAACAAUUCUUAAAUAUUGAUGGUUAUUGUCUUGUAUGGCAGUUGUGUGUGCCACUUGUACUGUAUUCCUGGAAUAAAUUCUUUCAAUCUUACAA